AUGGUUCGUCAUUGCUCUUUAGAAGCUAGCAUCGGUCAGACCGUUUCUACCCUAGAGAUCACAAGGUUGUAUGGCAAAGAUGUCGACUGUCCUAAGGAAUGGCAGGACUGGCUCGAAAGCUCUGACGUCUUGCCGUCUGUGUUACUCGAACAGCAUGAAGACAAUCUGAUGCAAUGUCUCCCUCAAGAUGAAAAGGUGGAAACGCUGAUGUGCUACUUCGGUAUAGGAGACACCUUUACACCGGCCCACAAGGACUUAUGUGCUUCCACUGGUCAUAAUCUCAUGUGCUACACUGAAAAUUCCGGAUCGUCCUUCUGGUUCAUGACCUCCGGCUCAGCCGCCCACGACGUGUCGCAGUACUUUCAAGGAUUAGGUCAAGAGCUUGACCUUGAGACGCACGUAGUGACCAUCGAGGAGCUCGCUAAAGCCGAGUCUUUCGACGUCUACAUCGCCGAGCAAAAGCUAGGCGACCUUGUGUUGGUACCACCACGAAGCUGCCAUCAGGUGGUAAAUCACGGAGGCAUCACUAUCAAGACAAGCUGGUCGAGAAUGACCUUGGACGGAUUAACGACGGCUUUGUAUCAUGAGCUACCUAUAUAUCGUCGGGUCUGUCGUCCAGAGACGUACCGCGUCAAGUCAGUAGUAUACCAUGCUAUGAUGCGGUAUUCGCAGGAGCUC